ACAACGAGUUUGUUGUUGAAGGAAGUGGCCAAAAAUAAGUUGUGUGUACACUGGUGUCGGUCGCCUGUUUGGGGAAAAAGCCGAUCAUGAAAGAGAGAUAAGGCGUGUUUUGGUGUAAUAAAACACAAGCAACGGCUGCUGCGCAAAACAAAAACCAGUGAAGCUCAUUUCUCCGCCUGUGUACUCUGAUGCUGCUUUGAGAAUUAGGCGAGCAGCCAUGGACGAGAGUUUUGACCGAGCUCCAGGGGCGGGCAGAAGCCGAAAUUUCGUUGCGGACCCAGGGCUCGCUGGUAACGUCGGGGACAGCGGUGACCCCAAAGCUACACUCUUCAACCAAAGGGAACCGCUGAGGCAGCCGCGCACCUUGCCACCUUUUGCCGAGAACAACCUUGGCGCGGCCGACGUCAUGGUUGCUGGAGAUUUUAAAAGACAGAGCAAACCCCAACAAAGUAUCAAUGCCAACACCACGUCUGCCUCGAGAGGUUUUAACCAAGUGGACUCUGUGGUCAAGUCAUCGAAUCUGUCAGCCAGCGCCCCAGAGUUUGUCCCCUCUGCAGUCAACGCGUAUGAGGACCCCUCGUUUUAUGAUGACAACGAAGGCUAUUACGAUGAGCAAACUUUGGCUGAAACAGUGGCAGACUUCCUUGGCCACCUGAGCUCCUCACCCGGGUCCUUUGAGUCGGAUGUGGAGGCCAUUACUGCCAUGCUCAACUCCUGGGUUACCACCGAAGAACUGUUGAACGAGCUGGUGGAACUGAUCUACACACAGUCUACUGCCAUUCCCAACUUUGCUUACACUGGGGCGAGGCUGUGUAACUACCUGUCCCAUCAUCUCCUUGUCAGUCCCCGAAGCGGUAACUUUCGUCAGCUCCUACUCAAAAGAUGUCAAACCGAAUUUAUACAGAGGGAUGCAGCAGUUAGAGGAGAUGCCGAGACCCAGAAGAAAUUCCACUCCUUCGUGCUCUUUCUAGGGGAGCUCUAUCUUAACCUGGAGGUAAAGAGCUCAAAAGGACCUCCAAACAGAGCAGAUAUCCUCCUUGAUGCUCUGAAAGACCUGAUGAGCAGUCUGUUCUCCAAGCCUGUGGAUGCAAAUCUCAUCUGUGCCGUCAAACUGCUCAAGCUAACGGGCUCCAUCCUGGAUGAUGCCUGGAAAGAGAGGGGGAAACCGCACAUGGAAGAACUGAUCCAAAGAAUAGAAACUAUUCUACUGGAUGCCACCUGCAGCCGGGAUGUCAGACAGAUGCUACUGAAACUGGUGGAGUUGAGAUCGAGCGACUGGGGCAGAGUCCGCGCUGCCGCAGCGGCCAGCAACGCCACGCCAGACAACGACCCCAACUACUUCAUGAAUGAACCUACAUUCUACACAGAAGAUGGGACUCCUUUCACAGCUGCAGACCCAGAUUACGCUGAGAAAUAUCAAGAGAUCCUGGACCGGCAGGAAUAUUUCAACGAUCUUGAUGGAGAAAAUGGAAAUGAAAGUGAAAUAUACGACUCCGAAGACGAGAUGGAGCCCGAGAUCGAAGCAGCCUUUGAAACUUUUUGUUUGGAGACAGAGCGGAAGCGGCAGCAAUGAGGCGAGGAGUGAGAAUGCGAGAAAGGACUGGCGUGCCCUCUACUUGCUGUAAAGUUACAAAAUUUAACUAGCAUCCGAUAGGUUCAAACUUGGUUUUAUUGCAAACAAGCAUUUUGAACAAAAAAUGUUCAUAGUUGCACAUCCAACAGUUUCCGCAGUUGGAGUCGAUUUAGAGAGUGGGAAUAAUCGACAGUUGGUUUGUUCUUAAAAAAAAAAAAAAAAAGAAGAAGAAAAAAAAAAUCCGGUAUUUUUCUUUUAACAUUUGACAUUAAAGUUGUUUGUUUUUAAUUAUUUCAGAAACGUAUUUUGCUUAAACUAAAUGCCAAGAGGGAAAUGGCGUGCUGUGUUUAUUUUUUCAGAUCUUUUCUGAAAGGCAGAUUCCUCCGGCGAGUGUACAAUAUGUGAAAUACUAAUUAAUGCUCCAUGCAUUAAUAUGCUAUUAAUGCAUUAGUACCGGCGAGAAAACUCAAGGUACCAUCUUCAUAUAAAAUGCGGUUUCCUUCUUCCAUUCAUGAAGCACGUCAUCAUCUCGACUGGUGAUUGCCAUUAUUCAACACAAUAUUCAAAGCUAUUCACCUGUUCAUCUAGCUGCAGUUUAUUGAGGCGGUCAGAAACAGACACCUUCGUUUAUGGGGCUAAAGUCAACAUAAAAAAUAAAAAAGCCUUUUUUCUGUAAUUGAGAGAGAACCCUCAGUCAUUGAGAUGUUAUGGAAGACUGUUGCCCAGCGAUCCAUGAAGCUCAAACAAAGGAAUAUUUUAUAAGUUGUAAAUAUUAUUUAUGGUAUUGUGUGCCUGCAAUAAAUUCUUUAUAAUGUC